AACUCAAAGAAGAAUGGCUGUACCACAAGAAGAAAUCGAUGCUCUCACAAAGUCUUUCUCAGGAUUUGGAGUUGAUGAGAAGUCAAUUAUUACGGUGUUGGGGAAAUGGCAACCGGAGGAAAGGAAAUCCUUCAGGAAGGAAUCCCCUUUUUUCUUCUCAAAAGAUGAUCAUCGUCUCUUUGAAAAGUGGAAUGCUGACCAUAUUGCCCUCCUCAAACGUGAAUUCUCUCGUUUUAAGAAUGCUGUGGUGCUGUGGACAAUGCACCCUUGGGAAAGAGAUGCUCGUUUGGUAAAGGAAGCUUUGAUUAAAGAGAACCGAUCAUAUGAUGUUAUCAUUGAGAUCGCUUGCACCCGAUCAUCAGAAGAGCUGUUGGGUGCGAGAAAGGCCUACCACUCCCUCUUUGAUCACUCCAUCGAAGAAGAUGUUGCUGCACAUAUCCAUGGCAGCAACCGCAAUCUCUUUGUAGCAUUAGUGAGUGCUUACAGGUACGAGGGUUCGAAAGUGAACGACGAGGUUGCAAAAUCAGAGGCCAAGAUGAUCUGUAAUGCCAUCAAAAAUGCCAAAAAGGACCCUGUUGAGGAUGAAGAGGUGGUAAGGAUACUAUCAACCAGGAGCAAACCCCAUCUCAAAGCAAUCUAUAAACACUACAAGGAACUGUGUGGAAAGACACUUAAUGAGGAUUUGGAGAAUGGAUCAAGCUUGAAAGAAGCAGUUCAAUGCCUUUGCUCUCCUCAAACAUAUUUUAGCAAGGUAUUGAAUGCUGCAAUGAAGAGUGGUGCAGAUGAGAAAACAAAGGUUGCACUUUCUCGAGUAAUUGUAACCAGAGCUGAUUAUGACAUGAAAGAGAUCAAAGAAGAGUACCAUAAGGAAAAUGGAUUCUCCCUCUCCCAGAAAAUCAAUGAGACAACUCAUGGGAACUACAAGGACUUCUUGCUCAACUUGAUUGAAAGGGGAGACUAAUUUAAUGAAAAAAAAUUACACCAAAUUACAAGAAGGCCAAACAUGUAUUAGAUGUCAUGUCUUUUGGUAUUUCUAAAGUUAGAUCACAUACAUUGCCUUGUCCCUGCAGCUUUCUGUGUUUUUUUUUUCCCCUUUUAUAUCAAGCCUAGAUGUCCUUCUUGUGUGACUGCAAUGAAAACCUUUCUUUCUUUCUUUACUUUUCUCUUUCCCCUCCUUUCAGUGCUUUACUUUUAUUGUGCUUCUAUUAGUAUCAUGUUUGCAAGUAAAUUAAACUUUUGAAAUAUAUUGGUAGGUUACUACCAAUGUUGGUCUUUUAUUG